GCAUCCAUUUGGCUUCCUUUCAUUCAUUUAAUCACUUUAAAAAUAUUGGGUACCUGCUGUGUGCCAAGCACUGAAGAGUCAGAGGGGAAUGAGAUUGACAGCUCUCCUUGUGGAGCUCACAUUCUAACAGGGAAGAUCAGCAACAAACGUAUAAACAAAUUUUGGGGAGAGUUAAAUUAGGUAUGAUAAGUCUAUGGAAAAAAAAGAAAUGGUCUUUGAGAGGAGUGGGUGUACUUUAGCUGGGAUAGUCAUGGAGGACCUCUCUGAGGCAGUGGCAUUUGAGCAGGUAACUGGAUCAAUGAAGGAGCAGCCAUGUAAGACAUGAAGGAUCAACAAAUGUCAAGGCCUCUGGACAGAAAAGAUUUCAGAGCACGCCCUUGGCUCCCACCAAAAGAAAAGUAACACACAAAACCAAAAAACACCAGACCCAGAUGCCUUCACUGGUGAAUUCUUUCAAAUAUUUAAGGAAGAAAAUCCAAAUAAUCUGCAGAUAAAGUAUUAAAAUUAACCAGUGAAUUUGGCAAGGUUGUAAAAUACCAGAUUGAUGUAUAUAAAUUCAAUUCUGUAUAUUAGCAAAAACUAACAAGAAAAUGAAAAUGUUUUAAUGAUGUAAAUUACAUUAACAUUGUUAAAAAUCAAAAUUCAGUGGCUGUGCGACGCCGGGCCCAGGGGAGGGGAUUGUGCCGGGGGCUGGCGGAUGCGGCUGGGGCUGCAAUAGCAGCGGCGAGGGACGGAGCCAGCCCGGCGGCUGCUGGCAGACACUGAGGGAACGGAGGAAGCCGCCAUGUCUCGCUACACGAGGCCCCCCUACACCUCCCUGUUCGUCAGGAACAUCGCGGACACCACCAGGUCUGAGGACUUACGCCGUGAGUUCAGUCGAUAUGGCCCUAUAGUAGACGUUUACAUUCCACUUGACUUCUACACCCGCCGCCCAAGAGGAUUUGCUAAUGUCAUUGAAGAUGUUCGUGAUGCUGAAGAUGCUCUUUAUAACCUCAAUAGAAAGUGGGUAUGUGGUCGUCAAAUUGAAAUACGGUUUGCGCAAGGUGAUCGCAAAACACCAGGCCAAAUGAAAUCAAAAGAACGUCACCCUUGUUCUCCAAAUGAUCAUAGGAGAUGGAGAAGCCCCAGCCAAAGGAGAACUCGAAGUAGAAGUUCUUCAUGGGGAAGAAACAGGAGGUGGUCUGAUAGCCUUAAAGAGCCUUCGACACAGGCGAUUUUCUUCCAGCCAAUCCAGUCUUGCUCCAAGUCACUCCCAAGGCAGUCCACCUCAGCAAGGCAGUCAAGAACCCCAAGAAGGAAUGGUUCUCAAGGACGGUCAAGGUCCAAGUCCUUACAAAAAAGGUCCAAGUCAAUAGGAAAAUCACUAUCAAAUUCACCUCAAAAGCAGACUAGCUCAGGAACAAAAUCAAGAUCACACAGAAGACAUUCUGACUCCAUAGCAAGCUCCCCGUGUAAGUCUCCCAAAGGGUAUGCCAACUCUGAGACGAAAGCACAGACAGCAAAACACUCUCAUUUUCGAUCACAUUCCAGAUCUCGGAGUUACCGUCAUAAAAACAGUUGGUGAACAAUAUCAGAAGAGCACUGUGUAGUCUUUAAUGUAAGUUAUUAAACCUCUCAUGUUAAGUAAAACUUCUUUAAGGCUUACAGAAAAUGUGAGUUGAUAUUAGUUACUUUGGGCAUAUGCAAGAAAGAAAACCUCUCUAGCUUUGGGUUAGUUAAGAUUUGGUCUCAGUUCAAGGCCCACACCACAAAUUAUCAUGUGUCUGAUGUCACCAUAUUAUGGACUAUGUUUUGUUUAUGUUGUGGCAGAAGGGUACUUUUCAAAGGAAAUGGGUAAAAUGGAACUAACUGAGAAAGUUCUACUUAGAUAUUAAGUAUUAUUAAUAAAAUAAUACCCCAAAAUAUUUUUCUCUUUAAAGCAUGAUGUAAAAAGUAAUUUUGACCAUAUAAUUACAUAGGGCAGACUUAAGCUGUUUGACACCUUAUGUCCUCCUUUCUUCUGCUUAA